CCCAGGGAAGUCAGUGUCUUCACCUUUUAGCAGCCCGCGCCUCGGAUCCUGCGGACGCUUCCCGUGCUCCCGGCUCUGCCUCUGUCCACUGCCGCCGUGCCGCCCACCAUGGCCCUGCUGCACUCUAGCCGCGUCCUCUCCGGGGUGGCUGCCGCCUUUCACCCAGGCCUUGCGGCUGCAGCCUCUGCCAGAGCCAGCUCCUGGUGGGCCCAUGUAGAAAUGGGACCCCCAGAUCCCAUCCUGGGAGUUACUGAAGCCUUCAAGAGAGAUACCAACAGCAAGAAGAUGAACCUGGGGGUUGGUGCUUACCGAGAUGAUAAUGGGAAGCCUUACGUGCUCCCCAGUGUCCGGAAGGCAGAGGCCCAGAUUGCUGCAAAAAAUUUGGACAAAGAGUACCUGCCCAUCGGGGGGCUGGCGGACUUCUGUAAGGCUUCUGCAGAACUGGCCCUGGGUGAGAACAGUGAAGUGCUGAAAAGUGGCCGGUUUGUCACUGUGCAGACCAUUUCCGGGACGGGAGCCUUGAGAAUCGGAGCCAGCUUCCUGCAAAGGUUUUUUAAGUUCAGCCGAGAUGUCUUUCUGCCCAAACCAUCCUGGGGAAACCACACGCCCAUCUUCAGGGAUGCCGGCAUGCAGCUACAAGGCUAUCGAUACUAUGACCCCAAGACUUGUGGAUUUGACUUCACAGGAGCCAUGGAAGACAUUUCAAAAAUCCCAGAGCAGAGCGUCCUCCUCCUGCAUGCCUGCGCACACAACCCCACAGGCGUGGACCCACGUCCAGAGCAGUGGAAAGAGAUCGCGGCAGUGGUGAAGGUGAGCGGGAUGAAAUGUCAGUAACUCAUUGCUUAGCCU